AUGGCGGCCACCAUGUCAGGUGCCAAACCCUGCCCAGCCAACUUCUCGGCAGCUGCUGACCGUAUCCUCAACAGCUUCCAGGAGGGCUUCCUGUGGCCCAUGCUGCUGGCUGACUUCUUGGUGGCCGUGACCGGCAACGGCCUGGCCCUGUACCGCUUCAUCACCCGGGAGCAGCGCCCGUGGUACCCAGCCGUGGUCUUCUCAGCCCAGCUGGCAGUCAGCAACCUGCUCUAUGCCCUGACACUGCCCCCACUGGUGGCCUAUUUCUACCCCCCAAAAAACUGGCGCUAUGGGGAAGCCCUGUGCCGCCUGGAGCACUUCCUGUUCGUCUGCAACCUGCAAGGCAGCAUUAUCUUCAUCACCUGCAUCAGCCUCAACCGCUACGUGGGCAUCGUGCACCCCUUCUUCACCCGCAGCCACCUGCAGCCCAAGCAUGCCUGGGCCGUGAGCGCUGCUGGCUGGGCCCUGGCAACCCUGCUGGCCGCACCCAUGCUCGGCUUCUCCCACCUGAAGCAGGAGGUGGGCACAGGCAGCAUCAAGUGCGUGGGAACUGCAGGGGACAGCCACCUCGAGGCCUACCGAACCUACAGCCUGGCACUGGCAGGACUGGGCUGUGGCCUGCCACUGCUGCUCACGCUGGCCGCCUACUGCGCCCUCGUGCGUGCCGUGCUGCGCAGCCCCGGAAUGAGGGCGGCUGAGAAGCUGCAUGUGGUGCUGCUGGUGGCCAGCGGUGCAGCCCUAUAUGCCAGCUCCUACGUGCCCUACCAUGUCACACGGGUGCUGAACGUGCAUGCUCGGCAGCGCUGGAGGGCUCUCUGCCCGGGCUUUGCGAAUGAGACCCAGGCCCAGGAGGCCCUGGAGCUGGGCUUAUAUGUGGGCCACCAGGUGAUGCGAGGCCUCAUGCCCCUGGCCAUCUGCCUCCACCCACUGCUCUACAUGGCCGUGGCACCCAGCCUGGGCUGCUGCUGCCAAUGCUGCCCUCGCUGGAGGGGGUGCCGGGAUCCAGGGGACACCGAGACCUUUGGCCAAGCCAUGCCCCUAGAUGUCAAAGCCACCCCUAAAACCUCAGAGCCCCAGUCCCCUGAGCUGACCUCGUGA